UAGGGAUAAGGGUGGAACAUAGAGCGUAGGAGGCUUUCUGCGUCGGUUGGUUCCGUGUGGUGAUAGUCAGAUAGCGAAUAUACAUAUAUGUAUUUCAGUUCUCCAGGAGGAAGAAAUGGAGAUGAUGACUGAGAAACAGAGAGAUACUAGGUAUUUCUGGAACAAUACUCCUGAAAAAAGCGAUUAUGAGGCUGUAGAAGCCCUUAUUUCUAUGAGUUGCAACUGGAAAUCAGACUUCAAAAAACAUGCAGAAAUGAGACCUAUAACUCCAGCAUCUGAUAUGUCAGAAGAGAGUGACGAGACUUUGCUUCCUGGAGCAGCGGACUUUAAUGCAAUACCAGCAUUUUGCCUGACCCCCCCCUACAGCCCUUCCGACUUCGAGAUGUCGCAGGUCGCACCGGCGCCUGCUGCAGCACUCAGCAAGUCGCUGGCCGAGGCUGCCAAGCCUCCUCUGGCUGCACCUCGGAGGGAGGCGGAGAGGCCUCCAGCAGCCGGGCCUCUGAAGGCUCAAGCCACGAGUGUUAUCCGCCACACGGCUGAUGCCCAGCUUUGUAAUCGCAAAACCUGCCCGGUGAGAACAGCCAGUGUGCUGAAGUACCAAGACAGCGUUUCGAGGGAAACAAACAGUAAACAAAACGCCGAAGCAGAACAUUCGGUGUGUUCCGCCGUGGCGCCGAGCAGAGCCAGUGAUGAGAGCGGUGAACUGCCGGUGGCAGAAGGAAAAAAUGCAGAACCGGCUGUCGGUCCGGUGCCCUUGACAAAGCCCUCAGUCAGCAGGCAUCAGCCUGUCCCUGGGUCGGCACAGCAGUCGGCGGCGGUGGCACCGCCGUGCCCUGCCCAAGGCAGUGGAGCCCCCCCCGUGCCAGUGAUUUGCCAGAUGGUCCCGCUGCCCGCAAACAACAACGUUGUGACGGCCGUAGUGCCCAACACCACGCCAAGCCCGCAGCCGGCUCUCUGUCAGCCCAUGGUCUUCAUGGGCACCCAAGUCCCCAAAGGUGCUGUUAUGUUUGUUGUGCCCCAGCCAGUUGUGCAGAGCACAAAGGCUCCCAUUAUUAGUCCGAAUGGCACGAGACUCUCUCCCAUUGCCCCUGCUCCCGGCUUCGUACCUUCUGCAGCAAAAACCACUCCUCCAGUUGAUUCUUCAAGAAUAAGAAGUCACAUUUGCAGCUACCCAGGAUGUGGGAAAACGUACUUCAAGAGCUCCCAUUUGAAGGCUCACAUCAGAACACACACAGGAGAAAAGCCAUUUAGUUGUAGUUGGAAAGGCUGUGAGAGAAGGUUUGCACGGUCUGAUGAACUGUCCCGCCAUCGCAGAACGCAUACCGGGGAGAAGAAGUUUGCCUGCCCAAUGUGUGAGCGGCGGUUCAUGAGGAGCGACCACUUAACGAAGCACGCGCGUCGCCACUUAUCGGCUAAGAAGUUACCAAACUGGCAAAUGGAAGUGAGCAAGUUAAACGAUAUUGCCGUGCCGCCAACAUCUGCGACCGCGCAGUGAAAGGACUUACUCUGAGGACGGUGGAAUUAACUGUUGUCGCUGGGAUAUGCCAGCUGAAAAAAGGCUUUUGCUCCCAGUCUGUGGUUCUCCCAUGCCGGCUGCUGAUGGCAGUGCGGCAGAGAGGCAAAGGCAGUCUGUGCUCGGUCACAAAAAAUGUUGCUGGGAGAACCGGUGGCUGACUGGAAUAGCGGGUGUCUUUUGCACUGGUAAGGAGAGAGAGAAAGGGAAGGUUCUAGAGCAGAGCAGCGCACAUUGUGCCAGUUUUGAAUUUUGCAAAUUACUCAUAUAUACUCUAGAUCAGUGACAUGUAAGCGUUUCUGAAGGUUUGCUGCUGACGCUUGAGGCCAACUCUGAUUUUAACUUUCAGUUGUCAGCCUUCAGCACAGCACGGACUAGGAAGACAGCAAUGUACGGGCGCAGGCUUGAAAGCCCAGAACGCACCUGCGUAAGAUAAUCUAAAUCGGUUUUCCUACUUCUGCCACCUUUUCUUGGUAGGAAUCUUUUCCUCCUAUCCAUUCUCCGGCCCCGUCAUAAGCGAUGAUUUGGUGCCGGACUCCUGGAGAUUUUAGACCUGUCCUCCUGCGCGGGGUGUUUAACACACCCAGCUUUACACUGCUGUCCAGAGGGGCUCGGAAUGGGCGUUCGGGGGCACCACGAGGGCAGCUGGAGGUGGGGACGUUUCUGACUCCUCUCUCGCUUUGUAAUAUUUUCCCAGCUUCUUUGGCGAGCUUUGCGAUUAUUACAAUUGGUUAUACCUGGGCAUCGUACGAUGCUUCUGCUUUUGUGUUGCUUACGGUUUCCUUUAUACCUUCUCACAAUUGUGUACCACUGCGUUUUCCAUAAGCGGAUACAGUGCACUUUUAAGAGAAACAUUGUAACUGUAAACUACUCGGGUUGAUUAAGGAAGAAAACCAAGAAUCUUAGGCUUCUUGAUCGUGUUAUUCUUUGACAGACGGUUUAUACUAAAAAUGAAAUGGAUAUAUUAUGUAUUGUAUUAAAUUAGAAAGUUGUGAUUCGAAAAGUAAAACGAGGCAGUAAAGACACCGGCCUAGAAUUUAAACUGUAGCUUUUGUGACAAAUAAUGCAUCACCUUUCACUAUUUCUAUUUUAUCAUAUUAUGUUGAGGACACAUAUCAGAAAGUGAACAGUUUGAAAAUAGUGUAUUAGAUACGCUUUUUGUGACUACUUUAAAGAUUUGCACAUUUCUUAUGUUGUACUUUAUACUUUGUUUACAAUAAAACCAAUUUUCUUUAA